UCUGGGAUACUUUGACAGAAAACGUGGCAACCUGAAUGCGAGAAAAAGAAAAAGUUGUGGUGGGAUUUUUCUCCAGAAACAAACAGACGGGCAAGUAUCAAAACUUCACUGAAAAUCUGUUGCCAGGAAGUAGAGAGGAACAAUGGGAGCAUCAUCUUCGACAGCACAGACGGUUUCAAACGAACAACGAGAAGUGGAAAGUCUAGUAGCUUCAACAGGAGCCAUGCCAAUGCUUCUUAAUACUUUCUCUAAACUUAAGGAUCCUCAAACCAAUACUGUUUCUCUCCAAUCUCUUCAGCAAUAUUUCUAUUUAAAUUAUAAGAAUACAGAUUGUGAAGCACCCAGCAGCAUACCCAUUUCUUUUCCGGUAUUAUUGGAUCAUCUAGGUGCAUCAGUUGUGGACUUAUUUUAUAUCACUGAGAAAAAAGAAGGAAUCAGCUGGGUUGAGUUUUUAAGGGGUUAUUUGAAAUGUUGCGGGAGGAUGCCUGCUUCACUGGCACUCAAUCUGUUGCUGAAAGUAUUUUCUACUACUUGUGCAAAAGCUGGACUUCCUCUGAAACUAGAGUUUGAAUCAAUUGAUGAUGUUGAUUGUAAGAUAGGUGGGUCUCUUUUGGCCGCUGAUGUUGUUAUGCUUCUUUGGGUAUGUUGGACCAUGUUGUGGGAUUCUAAAACUUCCACAUCUUUGAAAGGGAAAGGAAAUUUAUGUCUUCCAGAUGUUAGUCAUUUAGUGUUAUCAGCAGUUAUUUCGUGUGUUGAAGAUGUCAGUGGGCUGAAUUUAUGGGAUUGUGAUAUCUCAGCCUUGGAUGUUCAAAUUCCUGCUGGGAAGUUUCUUUCUUGGGCUUUGACAACGGUGCCAUGCCUCACUGGUUGCUUCACACAAUUUGUCCAUGCUAGACUUCAAAGUUCAGCUUCUCUAGAGCAGGAUAAGUCAGAACCUUCAACUUCAUCAUUAGGAGAAAUCUCUCCAAGAGAGGCAUGUAAUGCUUAUUUACUAACUCUUGGAAGAGCGUGGGCAAUCUCUCUUAACCUCAGGGGGACACCAAGUGCUGAAAUCUUGAAACCAUACUUACCUAGUGACGAUAUUGGAGCAUUUGAAAAUCUUCUUUACCGGUCAUCUCUUAAUGGGAGGGGCUUGAACAGAUUCUGGUCUAACAUUGAAGGCUAUCAUGGUCCUUUGCUACUUUUGGUUCUUGCUACUUCUGGAGAUGCCCACGAGGAUAGUACCGGCGACAGAAAAUGGAUCAUAGGUGCACUUACACAGCAGGGUUUUGAAAAUAGGGACCUGUUCUAUGGAAGCUCUGGAAGCUUGUAUGCUAUCUGUCCAGUCUUCCAUGCAUUCUCACCUUUGGGGAAAGAUAAAAACUUUGUUUACAGCCACUUGCAUCCUACCAGUAGAGUUUAUGAGCCACAUCCGAAGCCCGUGGGAAUUGCAUUUGGAGGCACAAUUGGGAAUGAGAGAAUUUUUAUUGAUGAAGACUUCGCAAGGAUUACUGUUCGUCAUCAUGCUGGUGACAAAACAUACAAACAUGGUUCCCUUUUUCCAUCCCAGGGAUUUCUCCCUGUUGAAGCUUCAAUUUUGGAAGUCGAAGUUUGGGGAUUAGGUGGGAAGACAGCUAAGGAAGUCCAAACUUCAUAUAAGAGAAGAGAGGAACUUUUCAUUGAACAAAGACGCAAGGUUGACUUGAAAACUUUUGCAAGCUGGGAAGAUUCACCUGAGAAGAUGAUGAUGGAUAUGAUGUCCGACCCCAAUGUAGUUCGCAGGGAAGACCGCUGAAUUAAGCUGUGCUAGGUGUUUUGUUGCUCAACUUAGUCUGUGUUUAUUCACAAGGGGAGUAAUGAUUGUGAUUAUACAAAAUUCAAGAAAUGAGUUGAUACCUGAUGAAAUUCUGAAAUGUACAAGUGUUAUAAUGAAGCCUUGAAAAGGUCCAUGCUGAAGUUGUCAUUGUAAAUUGAUACACAUAUAGUCGCACGGGCCACUUCGUUUUCUAUGAAAAAUAAAUUUAUGUUUUAUCUCUA